ACAGGCGAACAUACUAAAAUACACUCGUCAAUGAAUUUAGUGUAUCAAAUUUUGUGAGAUUUUUUUUUAAAUUGCUGUUAAAACCGUCGAUUUGAAAAAUCGAAUUGCCAAAAAACGAUGAUUUUGAAUUUUCAGUGGAAAUAAAAUAACAAUUUUAUGAAUGCUUAAGAAUUGGUCACAUUUUAAAUAGAGAAUCGGUGACAAAAGCUGCAUACAUUUCUACGGCGUACCACAUAACCUCAAACAAAAUUCCAAUCAAAACAUCACACAAACGUUUAAAUUUUAUUUUCGAUUCAGAAACUAAAAAAAGCAGUAAAUUUUCGUGUUUUGUUUGGAAAUAGUUGAAAAUUUAAUUAAAAUGUCGCAUUUGACGCAACGUGAUAUUGAAUCGUUGCGACCUGAAUUGGAACGAAUCGUUGCCGAAAAAGUGUCCGAUAAUCAUUCUGAUGUUGUGUCAACGCUGGAAAAAUGUUUAUACAGUGGUUACGAUCGAAAGCGAGCUACCGAAAAACUAAGUCAUUGGAUUGAUAGCAAGAAAGCAAGUCGAAUCUAUGAUAAAUUGGAGGAUUUAAUUGAACGACGAAAAACCGUAUCGAAAUUAAAUAAACGCGGUAAUGAUGAUAACGAUGAAAAAGUUAUCAAAAAAAUUCGGACCGGCUACGAAGAGAAUGAGGUGUCCGUACCAAAACCAACGGUUGCACCGCCAAUUGUGGUACCGCCACCGUCAUGGCAAACCGAAUCAAAAAGCCUAACAUCACAACAAAUCAACAUGAUGAUGGCCAAUGCACAACGUGAAAUUGAAGAGCGUAAAAAGGCGUUGAGUACAUUGAAAUCAAAAGAUCCGGCAAAUCAAGAGGAUGUGGAACGCGCCAAAAAGAUUGCCAUGCUACAGGCACAAAUCAAAGCGAAAUUAUCGGGCAUCGGAAUGAGUGCGAUAAUACCGCAAGUGCAAGAGAAACCGAAACCAUUGAUUCUUGAUGAACAAGGGAGAACGGUUGACAAUAGCGGACGAGCAAUUAGCAUACCAACAUUGGCACCAACGCUUAAGGCAAACAUUCGAGCCAAGAAAAAGGAAACAUUUAGCAAAGCGGCAACGGCAAAUGACCGGCAACAAGAGGAUCAAUCGCAAACAUUCUUUGACGAUCGAAUCACGGCAAAGCCAGCCAUACGAUCAAAGCGUUCAUUACGCUUUCAUGAACCUGGUAAAUUUCAACAGAUGGCCGAAAAAUUACGCAUGAAAACACAAUUGGAGAAAUUACAAAAUGAAAUAUCGCAAAUUGCACGCAAGACUGGAAUUAGUUCGGCCACAAAAUUAGCAUUGAUUGCACCAAAACAAGAUUCACAUGCCGAAGAUGUGCCACAGAUGGAAUGGUGGGACUCAGUCAUAUUGGCCAACGAUCUUAAGACCAUGCACGGUGAUAAUAUUGCUAUUAGAGAGUUAUCCAUAACCAAUUUAAUUGAACAUCCAACACAAAUGAAACCGCCGAAUGAACCAAUUAAGCCAGUCUAUUUGCCGGUAUUUCUAACAAAAGCAGAGCAGAAAAAAUUACGACGGCAAAAUCGACGGGAAGCAUGGAAAGAGGAACAAGAAAAGAUUCGAUUGGGUUUGAUACCACCGCCGGAACCAAAAUUACGUAUAGCCAAUUUAAUGCGUGCUUUGGGCAAUGAAGCCGUUCAAGAUCCGACCAAAAUUGAAUCGCAUGUGCGCGAACAAAUGGCAAAACGACAAAAAGCCCAUGAAGAUGCAAACAAUGCGAGAAAAUUGACAGCCGAACAGAAACGUGAAAAGAAAAUCCGUAAAGUAAAGGAGGAUGUAUCGUGCGGAGUAUCAGUGUCUGUGUAUCGAAUUCGUGAGCUGAACACAUUCCACAGUAAAAAAUACAAAGUCGAACAAAAUGCAAAGCAAUUAUUGAUGACCGGUGUUACGGUGCUGUUUCGUGAUUGUUGCGUUGUUGUUGUUGAAGGUGGACCAAAGCAACAGAAGAAGUAUCGACGUCUUAUGUUGAAUCGCAUCAAAUGGGAUGAGGAUAUGGUAAACAAUGCUGAUGGAAAUGAAGUGCCAAAUUCAUGCGUUCUUGUUUGGGAAGGAACGAGCGCACGACGUCAUUUUGGUGAAAUGAAAUUCAAACUAUUUCCAAUGGAAAAAAUGGCACGCGAAUUCUUUCAAAGGCAUCAAGUUGAACAGUAUUGGGAUCUCGCCUAUUCUGGAGCUGUACUCGAAGCAUUGUAAACAGCAUUGAUAUAUUUUUUUUUUGAAAAAAGAACUUUUUGAACAUUUAUAAGAGAAAGAAGAAAUAAAAAAAGAAGAAAAGAAAAUUUAAAAAAUGUCAGCAACAAAUUUAAGAGAUAAACCGUUAUUUGUAAUCGUAUUUAUACAUUUUUGUUUGGCAAUAAAAUAAAAAUUAUGAAAUUUUUGAAAAG